GUGCUCCACCCCGGCGGGGAGGCGCCAUGGCCGGGAAGGUGAAGUGGGUGACGGAUAUCGAGAAAUCAGUGCUCAUCAACAACUUCGAGAAGAGGGAAUGGGUCCAGGUCACAGAAAACGACGACUGGAAUUUCUACUGGAUGAGCAUCCAGACCAUCAGGAACGUGUUCAGCGUGGACACCGGCUACCGCCUGUCUGACGACCAGAUGGUCAACCACUUCCCCAACCACUACGAGCUGACCAGGAAGGACCUGAUGAUCAAGAACAUCAAACGCUACCGCAAGGAGCUGGAGAAGGAAGGCAGUCCGCUGGCGGAGAAGGACGAGAACGGGAAAUACAACUACUUAGAUUUUGUCCCCGUGACGUUCAUGCUCCCCUCCGACUACAAUCUCUUCGUGGAGGAGUACCGCAAGAACCCGUCCAGCACCUGGAUCAUGAAGCCCUGCGGGAAAGCUCAGGGCAAAGGCAUCUUCCUCAUCAACAAACUGUCCCAGAUCAAGAAGUGGUCCAGAGACAGCCGCACCUCCACUUUUGUCGCGGCGUCCAGUGGCAAGGAGGCCUACGUCAUCUCCCUGUACAUCGACAACCCCCUGCUGAUAGGAGGGAAGAAGUUUGACCUGCGUCUCUACGUCCUGGUGACAACGUAUCGGCCCCUGAAAUGCUACAUGUACAAGCUCGGCUUCUGUAGGUUCUGCACAGUGAAGUACACACCCAGCACCAGUGAGCUGGACAACAUGUUUGUUCACCUCACCAACGUGGCCAUCCAAAAACACGGGGACGACUACAACCACGUCCACGGGGGCAAGUGGACGGUCAGCAACUUCCGCUUGUACCUGGAGAGCACCCGAGGGAAGGAGGUGACGAGCCGCCUCUUCGACCAGAUCCACUGGAUCAUGGUGCAGUCGCUGAAGGCCGUGGCUCCUGUGAUGAACAAUGACAAACACUGUUUUGAGUGUUACGGGUAUGACAUCAUUAUCGAUGACAAGCUCAAGCCGUGGCUUAUCGAGGUCAACGCCUCCCCCUCGCUGACCUCCAGCACGGCCAACGACCGCAUCCUCAAGUACAACCUCAUCAACGACACGCUCAACAUCGUCGCGCCCAACGGGGACGUCCCAGACUGCCGCUGGAACCGCAGUCCGCCCCGAGAGGCUCUGGGCAACUACCAAGUCCUGUACGACGAGGAGCUGCAGGCGCAGAGUGACCACGGCGAGCGGGACCUGCGGACCCGCUCGGGUCAGUCCCUGGGGUCAAAGGGCACCAAGGGGAGUGCGGGCGCCCGCCCCCCCGCCGCCACCUGGAAGUGAGGUGACCGGAGGCGACUCGCGAUGACUUCCUGUACAUUACGACAGGGUCCAACAGUGGGGAACAGGUGGAUUUUUAACAAAAACAAACAAAAAACCCCUGCUCCCUCACACCACAGUUCACCGACCGCGUUCACAAGGGGGCGACAACACCGCUGCCGAGGUGGGCGGGGGUCAACAAUGUGGGGUUUGAAGGCCGGGGGUUGGUCGCCGCUUGUGCGAAUGAGUAACUACGGAUGCAGACGUGAGAGGCAAUUGUGAGAGAAAGAUCGCAGUCGAAUAGGAUUAGAUUCCAACGCGUUUGAGAAGGAUUUGAACAGCUCGAACUGUGCAUGAUUACCGAGUUCUGACGCUUAAACCAGAGCCUCCCUCACACACACACAGGUGCUACCAAGAAGUUGAUCUGUGAGAUGAAGUGCUCUAUUAAAAAGGAACAAGAGAUAUAACGAGUGCAAAGAUAUCAUAAAGAUAUGAUGUACUGAUCGGUAGAGUUAACAGUCAAUGUGUAUAGACCACAGAAUACAAUUUAAUAAUGUUUUUUUAUAUAUUUAUUAUCUGUAUGCAGGUUGGUUCACUAAGUUCCAUUGUGUUCAGUGCGAAACCCCUUUGUAAAACAUUACUUAAUUUUUGCUUGAAUAAAAUAAAAGGGAUAUGUUGCAUCUUGAGUUAAAGCGCUUGACGUCAUAACUUUAAAAUCGUAAAUACUUACUUGUCAGGAAUGUGUGCAAUGUUAGCUGUCGGACGUUUGUUUCCUGCCACUACUGAAAUAUUGAACGUUUUUUUGCCAUUUGUAAAGCAUGUAUUACUCCAGUGGUGAUUUUAAAGAAAAGAGAGGGUGCGAUAAUCUCACCCAUCAAUCAAGUCAUAAAUCCAUUACGGUUAUCUUAAAAAUCACUCUUGUUUUACUUUGUCAAUGGAUGAAAGGAAGGUGCUAAAAGGUUUCCAGGGAAUUCAACCGGUUCCUGAUUAAAUUAAAUCAAGCUCUUGGUUGCCAAACGUUUUCUGGUCCCACGCUGAUAAAUUAAUCAAUUUGCCAAUUCUUUAUGCGAAAAUAACAAAUGUUAAAUUCUGACCUCUGAAGUUCCUGGCUUUGGGUUUUCUUUAUUUCUAGACUCUGCAUGGCACACUCUGUUGACCUUGAAGGUUUGACCCUGCUGACCCAAGUCCUUGUUAAUGUGGACACAUUUAUUGAGGGACUAGUUAAACUCUGAGGUGUCAAAUGAGGAAUAGCGCUGAUGUGAGAACAGGUUUGCACUGCGGGUUUUGUUCGGUACGUGACGUUUUUCCGUUUUCAGCUUUGCAGUAUUCAGAUCGCUCUUCAUGAGAAGUGCAUUUAUUCAUUUCAGUUUGUGUCUACCUUUCAAUAAAAUCCAUGUCGGUGCUGCUUUGACAAUAAAUAUUGCUCAUUUUAGAGCGACUAAA